AUGGCGACUUUCGUGCUCGGUGGAGUCUCAGGAAACGACCAGAAGCAACGAAGCCGCGACCAUGGCAGCGCGAGCUCCAGCAGGCCAACACGACGCAGGGAGGCUGGCCGCGGUAGGGAGGCUGUUCGGGAGGCGGUUGCGGGGUUCGGCGAGCCCGAGGCGGCCGGCGGAGGGUCGGGAGGAGGUCGACAAAGGGCCAAGUGGUGGCGGCCACAUGGCUGGCGCGAACUUUUUAUGGUUUUAGUUCUAUGCAUGGCCAACUUAUUGGGAUCAAGCAGCUUUACUUGCCAACAAGAAGCUGAAGCUGGUUCUGCUUCUGGUGUUUUUGAUGUGCUUAAUUAUGAAGCAAUUGGAAAUGGGAUAACAGAUGACUCCAAUGCUUUUUUAUCGACAUGGAAAGCUGCUUGUGAUGCCACCAUGGGAGCACCAGUUUUAUGCGUCCCAGACGGCAAAACAUUCUUGUUGAAUCCUGUGAGAUUUGAAGGUCCUUGCAAGUCUUCAAGCAUUACCAUUAAGGUAUAUGGGAAGCUUGUGGCACCACAUAUCGAUUCAUGGCCUAGCCAGAGCUCUAAGAAUUGGCUUAUUUUUUUGGAUGUAAAUGGACUGAUUGUGAACGGAACUGGGCAAUUCGAUGGGCAAGGUGCAGCCUGGUGGGAUCGAUUCAGAAAGGAACCAGAUAUUGAAAGGCCAACAGCAUUGCAAUUUGUUAACUGUGAUAACCUUCAGCUUAGUGGAUUAACACAUAUUAAUAGCCCAAGAAACCACAUAAGUGUGGUUGGAUGCAAUGGAUCAACUUUCUCUAAUCUUCAUAUAACUGCCCCUGGGGACAGUCCCAACACCGAUGGCAUCGACAUCUCCAAGUCAAGUAACCUAAAAAUUUAUGACUGCAUCAUCGCAACUGGGGAUGAUUGCAUUGCCAUGCUUGGAGGAUCAGCUAACAUCAAUAUUACUAGAGUAGCAUGUGGACCAGGACAUGGUAUAAGCAUCGGGAGCUUAGGAGAGGAUGGAACAACUGAUGAAGUAGAAGAAGUUCAUGUUACAAAUUGCAGCUUCAAUGGGACAAGAAAUGGCGCACGAAUCAAAACUUGGCAGGGAGGGAAUGGCUAUGCCAGACACAUAUCCUACCAAGACAUUAGACUCAUUGCAGUAGCAAACCCUAUCAUCAUCGACCAGUUUUAUUGCAAUAAUGACAAGCCUUGCAUAAAUAAAACUGCGGCCGUGCAAAUUAGCAAUGUAACAUUCACUGGAUUUCGUGGAACAUCAGUCACAAAUGAUGCCAUUGAUAUCAGUUGCAGUGAAACUGUUGGGUGCACCGACAUUGUGCUGUAUAAUGUUAACAUAACCGCAGCGAAUUUGGAUGAAACCCUUCGCUCUUUGUGCCUGAACGCUCAUGGAACAUCUACUUUGACUAGUCCUGUAGUGGAAGUUAUUUUGUACCACGAAAUCAUCUGCUACAAAUGUUUGGUGUCUUCUAUUGCGAUGAGCUUUAAUGAUGAAUCGGAGACCAAACAGCAAAAGGAAAUUGCAAAGACAUAA